AUGGGGGCAGAUCCAAAUUAUAAGGCUGAUAUAUCCCAAUUAGGAGUCGAUAUAGAAGAAGUACGAUUAAGCUUUAUAAAUGAAUUAGACAAGAGCCAUAUUAGUUCGCUUCAAGUAAAGUCGAAUAUCAUGUGUUUUGUUUUACAAUCCGGCAUUUUAUUUGUCAUUGAUCUAGAUAAACCUUCAAAAGUCCAUAAAUAUCCGAUACCAUUACUUAAUGGCGGGGGUAAAAAACCUAUAGAGUUGUUAAUUAGGAUAUGGCUAAGUCCAAAUGGUAGUUUAUUGUUUCUGAAAACGAACCUCUCAAAUUAUUAUGUAUGCGAUGUAAACACACUUCUGGAAGAAAAUGAUCAAAAACCGACGAGAGCUCUUCUAUUUCAGGUUGCUUCAUUAUCAAAAAAUAAUUACGAUAUAAAUAGUCUCGAAUGGUGUAACGAUGCUUCCUUUUUGUGUGGAAGCAAAGAUGGUCAUGUAUCUUUUGUUGAUGUGCCAAAUGGUGAUUUGUUAAAACUUUCUAAUCUGAGUGUAACAACAGUUUUAAAAUUAAUCAACAAAUUGAUGGUAUAUUGUGGCAUCAAUAAAAAAAAUAAACCUUACAUAGAAUGCAUUAUUGUAUCAGAUUCUAAUAUAAUGUACUGGGGUAAUAUUGACUCUGACAAUCCAAUACGGUCUUUAAAAAAUAGGAAAGUUCCUGAAGAAAAGGAGCAAUUUGAUAAACUAAGUGCUAAUACUACAAAUAAAUUUUCAACCUACGAAGAUAGAUUUUCUUGGGUCACAGCUAAUGGGGUUGUCUUUGGACGUACUGGGGAUGAUAUUGACCAAGAAUAUAAAACAUUUACUAAUUCCAAUAGAAAAAUUCUACUUGAUGCAAAUUUGUUUUUGAAUGUAGAACUUACUGAGCGUCAAAAAAUAAUAAAUGAUAUAAUAAUGACAGAUUUUUAUUUAAUUUUACAGAGGGACACAUUGAUUACUGUGAUUAACAGAUUAACUAAUGAGAUUGUGUAUGAGGAAGAACUUUUAUUAAACGAAUCUGAAAACAUAAUUGGAUUAACAGCAGAUCACUCUCAGGAGGUACCUACAUAUUGGUGUUAUUCGAACUUGCAUGUAUAUGAGAUAACUAUAAGCAAUAAAUCUCAUUCUGUCUGGAAAAUUCUCUGUAAACAAAACAAAUUUAAUACGGCACAAAGUCUCCUAGAUAUCAAUAAUAUGGAAAAAGAUAUGAUAAUGCACAAUAAAGGAGACUUUUUGUUUGAAAAUGGAAAUUUCUUUGAUGCAGCAACUAGUUAUGGAAAUUCAUCAUAUUCUUCCUUUGGUUCUAUUGCUUUGAAAUUCUUAGAAUCAGAUGAUGACAUUGAUCCUCUGCAAGAGUAUCUUUCCGUAAAACUAAAAAAGAUACCAUCAACGAAAGAAUCGCAAAAAUUAUUGUUAACAAGUUGGAUAUUAUGGACUUAUUUAAAGAAACUUAAUAUCGUAGAUGAAAAAAUUGCUUCUGAAAAAUCUUCUGUGUUGCUGACAAAAUUGAAAGAAGAUAAGGAAAUUAUAAAGUCAGAAUUAAACACAUUUCUGUCUGAAUAUGCUUUUUCAUUGGAUAAAAAAAUAGUAUUACAACUAUUAUUAUCUCAAAAUAGGCAGGAUGAACUACUGUUCUAUGCUAAGUUAAUAUCAGACUUUGAGUUUAUUUUGAAUUAUUGGAUCAAAAAGGAAAAAUGGUAUGAAGCUCAGAAAAGUUUAUUAAAUAUAACUGAUGUUAAACAAAUUUAUGAACAUGCAUCCCUAUUACUUUUAAAGAUACCUGAUUCCUUGAUCAAAACUUGGAUGAAAAUUGAUAAAAUAGAUUAUGUUAAAUUAAUCCCUUCCUUGUUGACAUAUUACUCACAUUACAUGAAAACUCCUGUUAUAGACAAUACUACAAAUCAACAAAAGGAGAACUAUGCAUUAACGUAUUUAUUGUGGUGUAUCAAAAAUUAUACCGUUACAAAAACAAUCGUUUAUAAUACCGCUAUUUAUAUGAUGAUUUCUACGUUUAAUGAUGAUAUUUUAGAUAACAGUUAUCAGGAAACCAUUAUAAAUUUUAUGACUGAACAUGAAAAUAGAUUUGAUAUUAAUUUUGUCUUAAGACUAAGUUUGAAAUUUAAAACAAUUAUUGUCUCAAUAUAUUUAUAUUCUAAGUUGAAAUUAUAUGAGGCAGCAGUGAACCUUGCACUUGAGAAUAAUUUAAUCGAAUUUGCAAAGGACGUUGUAAAUAAUAUAGGCUCCGAAAAUGAUAUGACAGAACUAGAGACUAGUAGUAAUGACAAACUGUGUCAAAAGCUCUAUCUAAAAAUUGCCAAAAAAGUUCUAUUUGAUGAAACUAACAAUCAUGAUUUGAAAACAAAUAUCAACAAUAUAUUAAGAGAAACUAAUGGUAUUUUAACUAUCAAGGAAUUAUUACCACUUUUCAAGGAGUUCACAACUAUUGCAAACUUAAAAGACCAAAUUAUCAAAAGUUUAGAAUUACAUGGUAAAUCAAUGUCUCAAAUUACACAAAAUAUAAAGUCUUCGAUGAUAAUGAAAGAAGAAUUACUCCAAGAUAUGGAAUAUUUUCAAGAGAGAUAUAUGACUCUUGAACCUGGAGUUAGUUGUGAUGUGUGCCAAAAAAUAUUGCAAGAUCAACGAUUCUAUGUGUUUCCAUGUUCACAUAAUUUCCAUGAACGUUGUAUCAAAGAUAGCAUACUAGAUUCGAAUGAAAUAAUAUUAAAGAGUAAGAUUGAGAAUAUUGAGAGAAAACUCAAUAGAGAAAAUAACAAAGUAAGAAAAAUGACAUUAAACAAAGAAAUGAAUAAAUUAUUAUCAACUAAAUGCUGUUUGUGUAGUGAUAUUAAUAUCAAUAAGAUAGAAUCAUAUGUUCUGGAUAUGAAUAAUACAGAAGAAAGUAUGAAGUGGAUUAUUUAA